CCUCUUAUAGAAUAUUAGCUCAAAGGUAUUGUGGAGCUCCUGCACCUAAAUACAAACAAUACCUACACCCAACAUGAGUACCAGCACCUAUUUCAGUCAAAGUCAAGCACUGACUACUCAAGACUUAGCAAGAAUGAUUCGCAUACAAUAUUUUAAUUUCACAAGUUCUGCGGAAUCAGGAAUCAUCCCAUGUUUAGAAUAGACUCCACUCCAUAAUUUAUUAUCCACAACGACAAGGCAACUUUAGACGCAACGCAGCCUUGCGGAUGGAUACAUUUAACACCACUUCGAGUGCAAAUAGCCCAACCAGGGAACAAUAAAUAAAAAAUGUCUAAAAGGCACAAAAUAAAACAGUUAAUCACGGAAAUAUCUGCCCAAUUCCCAUCUAUAAAUCCGACGGUACAGUUGCCAAUUCUGAAACCCGAAUCUCGCAUUUUCGAAGAUGAGGGGAACGUGAGAGAGUCAAAAGAGCACACAGAACGAAAACACCUCCCAGCUCUGCAGCGGUCUCCAUUUUAGCUCCUUGCCCGGUCGGUACCUCACGUGUUCUGGACUGUCUUUCUCACAUGACCCUUGUUUGUCCCCGUGAUCAGUACUUCCAACUCCGUAUUUCAGUGUCGCUGAAUAUCACAUUUUAAACUGUAACCUUCAUGGAUAUGCUUGAACAGAGUUUGGACAGCUCUACAGGUCACGAGAAACAGGAAACAGAGGAGGUUCUCCAACUGGAAGAGGGUGUGGGGACGGAGGAGCAGACUGCAGUUACCAUAGAGAGUGUACAGCAGGCCGCAGCUUUUGCGGAUCAUAAUGUUCAAUACCAGUUCCGCACAGAGAACAGUGGAGGACAGGUGACCUAUCGUGUGGUCCAAGUGACAGAUGACCAGCUAGAGGCAGCAGGCGACGGGACUGGGGCAGUCAGUGUGGUCUCCACUGCUGCAUUUACUGGAGCACAGCAAGCAGUGGCACAGAACCCCUUCAGUAAUGGGGGUAGUCCAGCGGGGGAGACGGUGGGAGGGGAGACGCGUUUUGCCUAUUUCCCUGCUGCCACAGUCAGUGAUGGGGCAUCCACAGCAGUGUCGGUGCAGGCUGACCCAACACUCACACAGGCCGGAGGUCAGUUCUAUGUGAUGAUGAGCCCACCUGAUGUGUUGCAAGCUGGCACGCCACGGACCAUUGCCCCUCGCGCACACACCUACACCACAGACCUCGGUGAAAACGAGAUACUACAGCAUGGCAGUUCAAACUGGAAGAUGGAUGGUCCACGGGCACCUCGGGAUGAGAGAAGGAAAGCACAACACAAUGAAGUGGAAAGGCGGAGAAGAGACAAGAUCAACAACUGGAUCGUCACUCUCUCAAAGAUCAUCCCAGACUGCAACAUAGACAGUACUAAGACUGGAGCAAGUAAAGGAGGGAUCCUGUCGAAAGCGUGUGACUACAUCCGGGAGCUGAGACAGAAUAACCAACGAUUGCAGGACAGCUUCAAAGAGGUGUUGAGAGUUCAGGCGGACAACGAGCUACUCAAACAACAGAUUGAGGAGCUGAAGAAUGACAAUGCACUGCUUCGAGCUCAGCUACAACAGCACGGCAUAGAGAUCAAUGGAGAUACAACACCACAGUGAUGGACUGGACACACACUCUCUUACUCACUGGAACACUGGUAAAAUACAAAUACUUAUAGAAAACAUGAAAGUACACAUGCUAACGCGCAUGCAUCAUCAGAAAUUGAACAGAGGGCUUGAGAGGAAGAAGUGAUGGACUGCUGACUGAUCAAGCCCCCUCCAACCCCCACACACACUCUUCCAAGGCUGAAAGCUGAAAUUCAUGACUCUGUAGCUAAAUGAGUUCCCCACCUCUGCUCAAAGAAUAACCAACUCUUUAAAUGUCGUGCUUUCACCUGACUCUGUUUUAGCUAUGGACAAUGACAAUUCACAUUUAUUCUGUUUUAACCUACUGCAGUUUUCCUUUGCUUUUUUACUGGCAUUUGUUGUGAGUUAUACUACCGUGUCUGACAUAAAUGAAUCCUUUUGUUUGUCA